AUGGCUCCGAUAAAGCGCAAGGGCGCCUCUGCUGAGGGGAACACCGCCCGUCAACCCCCAAAACGAGUGCGUGUUGGCGCUGAAGAACGCCAAAAUGAUCAGAAGACGCAGAACACCGGCCCGUCCGCUUCUGAACUCACGGUUCUGCGAGACGACGAACCCUCAUUCCCUCGUGGUGGAGCAAGCGUUUUGACCCCUCUCGAGCGCAAGCAGAUCCAAAUUCAAGCCACGAGGGAUGUUCUGUUCGAGCAGAAAGGCGCCAAAGGCCCCAGCGGACAUUUCGCCGAUGAAGAUGAUGAGGAUGAUGAGGACGUACAAAUGGGCGAUGCGGACAACACGACAGCUGCCGCCAAAAAGUCCCGGAAACGCAAGACGAGUGGGAAGAAAGGAGCAGAAAAGGAUGCUCAGGAGAAACAAGGUGUGCGAAUUGAAGGUCUCAACUUCAAGCGAAUCGUGCCAGGAACUAUGGUACUAGGUCAGGUUUCGAGUAUCAACGCUCACGACAUCGGGCUUUCUCUGCCUAACAACCUGACUGGUUAUGUCCCCCUCACUGCUGUCUCAAAAGUGCUAGAAGAGAAAAUCGAGAGCCUCCUAAAGGAAGACGAUAGCGACGAUGACGAGGAGGAGGAUGAUGAGGAUGAUCUCGACUUGAAGGACUACUUCUAUUUGGGCCAGUAUCUUCGCGCAUACGUGGUGUCCGUGGGAAGCAACUCGGCUGAUGCCACUUCCAAGAGCAGAAGGCGCAUUGAACUUUCGAUUGACCCAAGACAAGCCAAUUCUGGUCUUCUGAAGACCGACUUGGUCGACAACGCUGCUGUUCAAGCUUCCGUUCUCAGCGUUGAAGAUCACGGUCUGAUCAUGGAUGUGGGGAUUGAGGGCUCCAAUGUCAAGGGCUUCAUGUCUUCCAAGGAAAUCGACCCCAAACUGGAUUAUUCAAACAUCAAGGAGGGAUCGGUCUUCUUAUGUAUGAUCACUGGUCAGAACGCCAACGGCAGUGUCGUCAAACUGUCUGCCAACCUUCAGUCCUCCGGAUCCAUCAAGAAAUCCCAUUACCUCAGCUCGGCCCCUACUAUCAUCACUUUCCUACCCGGUGCCGCGGCCGAAAUCCUGGUAACUGAAGUUUCGCCAACCGGAAUUAGCGGAAAGAUCAUGGGAAUGCUGGAUGCCACUGUGGAUCUAGUGCAAUCUGGUGGUAACUCGGGCAAAGAUGACUUGACCAAUAAAUUCAACAUCGGAGCCAAGAUUAAGGGUCGUCUUGUCUGCACCUUCCCCUCCGCUGAACCCUACAAGGUCGGCUUCUCAUUGCUGGAUCAUGUCCUGAAGUUCACGCCUGCAGCCAGUGGACCAGGCUCCUCUGAUGAUGCUCCUGUCAUUUCUUCAAUUGUGCCCGAGACUAAGGUUGUCCGGGUUGACCCUGGACUUGGUGUUUACGUGCAGCUCGGAUCGUCAAAACAUAUCGGAUUCGUUCAUGUGUCAAGACUGGCAGACGGUCAGGUCGAAAAUAUCUCUGAGGACCAUGGCCCGUUCCGGGUCGAUUCCAUUCACGAGGCGCGAGUGGUGGGAUACAGUGCGCUUGACAACUUGUAUUUGCUGUCUUUCGAAAGAAAGAUCAUUGACCAGCCUUUCCUUCGCAUUGAGGACGUGACCGUCGGCGCUGUAGUCAAGGGCAAGAUUCAAAAACUCAUCAUCGGCGCAUCAGGAGUUGACGGUCUCAUUGUGUCUCUAGCCGAUGGUAUCAGCGGUCUUGUUCCUUCUAUGCACUUCGCCGAUACACCUCUUCAAUUUCCUGAAAAGAAGUUCAAGGAGGGGAUGACUGUUUCCGCCAGAAUCCUGUCGGUCAACCUGGAGAAGCGCCACAUUCGGCUGACCCUGAAGAAGAGUCUGCUGAAUAGCGAAUCUGCUAUCUGGAAGGACUUCCAAGACAUCAACCCCGAUGCGCAAUCUCCGGGAACCAUCAUCAGUCUCAAGCCGCACGGUGCUGUGGUUCAGUUCUACGGUACUGUCCGGGGUUUCCUUCCGGUGUCGGAAAUGAGUGAGGCCUACAUCAAGGACCCCUCUCAGCACUUCAGACAGGGACAAGUCGUCAAUGUCCAUGUUCUGAGUGUCGACGCUUCUCUUGGGAAGCUCGUGGUUUCCUGCAAGGACCCUUCGACAUUCACCGAGUCUUAUCGGAAAGCCUUUGAAAAUGUUCAUCCCGGCUUGCUUGUCACUGGUACUGUCUUCGAAAAAUCCGAUGAUGACUGCCUUCUCAAGCUGGAUGAAUUCGGCCUUGUGGCUCGGUUGAACUUCGAACAUGUGAUUGACGGUAGUCCUUCGAAACAAGGAUCGACCCUCUCUAAGAUUCGCGUUGGUCAAAAGCUCAAUGACCUCCUUGUGCUCGAUAUUCAGCGGGCUCGCAGACUCAUUAAGGUUUCAGGCAGGGCAAGCCUCAAGAAGGCUGCUCAGCAAGGGCUGAUCCCAGGCAAGUUCGAAGAUGUUCAGGAAGGUGCCGAUGUCACCGGUUUCAUCAGAAACAUCACGCAGGACGGCGUUUUCGUUGAGUUCUUGGGUGGUAUGAUCGGUCUUGUCCCCAAGCGUCUUGUUGCGGAGGAGAACGUCAACAAACCCUCUUUUGGCAUGGCCAAGUCGCAAGUCGUUUCUGCCACCGUUCAUUCCAUCGACAUCGAUUUCCGCCGGUUCAUCCUGAGCAUGAAACCCUCGGAAGCCACUCAUGCUGGCCCCAAGAAGUCGACUCCCAAGACCGCCCCUAAGGCUGCCAGUUCUGAUGUUUCUGUGGCCAACGCUGUCGACGAAGGCAUCACCCAGAUGUCUGACUUAACAUUUGGAAGAGUUGUCAAGUGUAAAAUUGUGUCCGUCAAGGCAACCCAGGUCAACGUUCAACUUGCAGACAAUGUCCAGGGUCGGAUCGAUGUCUCUGAGGUUUUCGACCAGUGGGAGGAUAUUAAAGACCGCAAGCAGCCCCUACGCUUCUUCCGCCAAAAGCAGAUUAUCUCUGCAAGAAUCCUGGGACUUCAUGAUGCCCGCAACCACAAAUUCCUUCCCAUUAGUCACCGCACUGGAAAGUACCCUGUCUUUGAACUUUCCGCCAAGCCAAGCUUCCUACAGGCUGCCAACCCUAGCCCCCUGAAUUUGGAACAAGUCCAAACUGGUUCAUCAUGGGUGGGUUUCAUCAACAACGUUGCUGAUGACAGUCUUUGGGUCAACCUCUCCCCCAAUGUCCGAGGAAGAAUGCGUUUCAUGGACGCAUCGGAUGAUCUUUCCCUUUUGACCGAUGUGGAAAAGCAUUUCCCCAUAGGUUCUGCUGUAAAGGUACAGGUUACGGCUGUUGACACCGAAAAGGGCCGCCUGGACCUCUCAGCGAAGAAGCGCUCUGAUAAGCUUUCUUUCAAGGACAUCUCUACUGGCAUGGUCUUGCCCGGAAGAGUCACCAAGGUCACUGAACGGCAGCUAAUCAUGCAGCUCACGGAUAGUAUUGUCGGUGCAGUGGAUCUGGUUGACAUGGCGGACGAUUACUCCAAGGCAAACCCGACGGUCUAUCAGAAAAAUGAAGUGCUGCGCGCUUGCGUCGUGGCUAUCGACAAGUCUAACAAGAAGAUCUCUCUUUCGCUUCGACCUUCGAAAGUUCUCAGCUCCUCCUUGCCGGUGCAAGACCCUGAGUUCUCUUCCGCCAAACAACUCAAGGUCAACGAUGUCGUUCGCGGUUUCGUGCGGAGAGUCGCUGAUAAUGGUCUUUUCGUGACCCUUGGCCAUGGUGUCACUGCCUACAUCCGGGUUUCUGAUCUAUCGGACUCCUAUCUUAAGGAAUGGAAAGACUCAUUCCAGGUCGAUCAACUUGUUAAAGGUCGUAUCACUGUUGUGAACCCCGAACAGGACAAGCUGCAGAUGAGCCUGAAAGAAUCCGUCUUGGACCCCAACUACAAAGCUCCUGUCACGCUUCAUGAUCUUAAGCCUGGUCAAGUCGUCACUGGGAAAAUCCGGAAGGUCGAGGAAUUUGGUGCUUUCGUUGUUAUUGAUGGGUCGCAGAACCUUAGUGGUCUCUGCCACCGUAGCGAGAUGGCUGAAAAACAGGUCAAGGAUGCCAGAACUCUCUACGAGGAAGGCGAUGUUGUCAAGGCCAAAAUUCUGAAGAUCGACCGGAAACAAGGCAAGAUCUCUUUUGGACUGAAGGCUUCUUACUUCAACGAUGAGGAGGAUUCCGAGGACAGCGACGGUGAAGACGAUGGUACGGAGGGCGUCAGUCUAGAUGGAUUUGAAGGUCUUGAUGGAGCAGAUGGCAGUGACGACGACGAUGAAGAAGGAGACGAGGACAGCGAUGUGUCUAUGGGAGGAGUUGAGGUUGACGAAGACGAUGAAAGCGAUUCUGAUGACGACUCCGACGACGAGCCAAUGGCCAACGCAGAGCCUCGAGCGGAAGGUGGCCUUGGUGGAGGUGCCUUUGACUGGAGCGGUAACCUCAAGGAUGACGAUAAUCAGGCCGCUGACUCGGAGUCGGAAGAUGAUGAAGACCGGAAGAAGAGAAAGAAGCACCGCAAGCCCGAGAUCCAAGUUGAUCGGACUGGUGAUUUGGACGCCAAUGGGCCCCAAUCUGUGGCCGAUUACGAACGGCUGUUGCUUGGUGAGCCAGACUCUUCGAUGCUUUGGCUGAAGUACAUGGCUUUCCAGUUGGAGUUGGGAGAAGUCGAAAAAGCGCGAGAGAUUGCCGAACGUGCCCUCCGUACUAUUACCAUCGGACAAGAUGCCGAGAAAUUGAACAUCUGGAUCGCGUUGCUCAACUUAGAGAACACCUAUGGCGACGAUGACUCGUUGGAUGACGUCUUCAAGCGCGCUUGUCAAUACAACGACACCCAAGAGGUUUAUGAGCGUUUGAUCAGCAUUUACAUCCAGUCAGGCAAGAAUGAGAAAGCGGAUGAGCUCUUCCAAACCGCCCUGAAGAAGAAGGUUUCAUCUUCGCCCAAGUUCUUCCUCAACUACGCCAGCUUCCUGUUCGAUAAUAUGGCCGCCCCCGAGCGUGGUCGCGCUUUGCUGCCUCGCGCUCUCCAGUCUCUGCCAUCUCACACUCACGUCGAGACCACGUCUAAAUUCGGCCAGCUUGAAUUCCGGUCUACGAACGGAGACAUCGAACGUGGCCGAACUGUCUUUGAGGGACUUCUCUCCUCGUUCCCCAAGCGGAUCGACCUCUGGAGCAUUCUUCUAGACUUGGAGAUUAAGACUGGCGAUGCGGAACAAGUCCGGCGUUUGUUCGAACGGGUGCUUGGUAUUCGCGACAACAAGAAGGGUGCUGUUUCUGUCGAAGCAGAGAAGAAGGUCCGCCCGAAGCAGGCCAAGUUCUUCUUCAAGAAGUGGCUGGCUUUCGAGGAAAAGCUUGCUGCUGCUGAGGGUGGAAAUAACAAGAUGAUCGAGGAAAUCAAGGCAAAGGCAGCGGACUACGUUAAGUCCCUGCAGCAGGAAUAG